GGUCACCACAUAGGGAAGAUUCUUAUCGCAAACCGAGGAGAAAUUGCAUGCAGAGUGAUGCGAACAGCAAAGAAAAUGGGUGUGAAGUCUGUAGCGGUUUAUAGUGAAGCAGACAAAAAUGCCAUGCAUGUAGCAAUGGCAGAUGAAGCAUAUUGCAUUGGUCCAGCACCUUCACAGCAGAGUUACUUGGCCAUGGAGAAAAUAGUGCAGGUGGCCAAGGUCUCAGCAGCACAGGCUAUUCAUCCAGGUUAUGGUUUCCUCUCAGAAAACACAGAGUUUGCAGAGUUGUGCAAGCAAGCGGGAAUCAUCUUCAUAGGUCCGCCUUCAUCAGCUAUCAGAGAUAUGGGUAUAAAGAGCACUUCCAAAGCUAUAAUGUCUGCUGCUGGCGUUCCUGUUGUUGAAGGUUAUCAUGGAGAAGAUCAAUCAGAUGAGUGUCUAAAAGAACAUGCCAAGAGAAUAGGAUAUCCAGUAAUGAUUAAAGCUGUUCGUGGAGGUGGAGGAAAGGGCAUGAGAAUUGCUCACUCGGAAAAGGAGUUUCUGGAGCAGCUAGAAUCAGCUAGGAGAGAAGCAAAGAAGUCUUUCAAUGAUGAUGCAAUGCUGAUUGAGAAAUUUGUGGAUAAUCCAAGGCAUGUUGAAGUCCAAGUAUUUGGUGACCAGCAUGGCAAUGCAGUGUAUUUGUUUGAAAGAGACUGCAGUGUGCAAAGGAGACAUCAGAAGAUCAUUGAAGAGGCACCAGGGCCAGGAAUUAAUCCUGAAGUUCGAAAGAGACUUGGAGAAGCUGCUGUCAAGGCAGCUAAAGCAGUGAAUUAUGUGGGAGCAGGAACAGUGGAAUUUAUUAUGGACUCCCAACAUAAUUUUUACUUCAUGGAGAUGAAUACCAGACUGCAAGUAGAGCACCCAGUUACAGAGAUGAUCACUGGAACAGACUUGGUGGAAUGGCAACUUCGGGUUGCAGCAGGAGAGAAGAUUCCCCUAAUGCAGGAAGAGAUUCUACUCCGGGGCCAUGCGUUUGAAGCUAGAAUAUACGCAGAAGACCCUAAUAAUAACUUUAUGCCAGGGGCUGGGCCAUUGUUGCACUUAUCCACCCCACCGCCUGAUAGGUUCACCAGGAUAGAAACUGGAGUCAGACAAGGUGAUGAGGUUUCUGUUCAUUAUGAUCCAAUGAUUGCAAAGCUAGUUGUUUGGGCUGAGGAUCGUCAAGCAGCACUGAGAAAGUUGCGGUACAGUUUGCAUCAAUAUAAUAUUGUAGGAUUAAGCACUAAUAUUGAUUUCUUACUGAGUCUGUCGGGACACCCACAGUUUGAGGCUGGAAAUGUGCACACUAAUUUCAUUCCUCAACACCAUGAUGAACUAUUUCCAACCAAAAAGGCAACCCCACAUGAAGUUAUGUGUCAGGCAGCUCUAGGACUCAUACUGAAAGAGAAAAUGCUAACAGAUGCUUUUAGAGAUCAGUCAGAUGAUAAAUUCUCGCCAUUUGCAUCCAGCACUGGUAGAAGAAUAAAUAUACGCUAUACUAGAAAACUGUCUCUGCUGGAUGGGGAAAACAUUGUGGAUGUAGCUGUAAGUUACAAUCAAGAAGGGUCAUACAACAUGCAGAUUCAAGAUAAAACAUUCCUGAUUUCUGGAGAGAUCUUCAAUGAAGGUGAUUCAGUUUACUUGAGGUCUUCAGUAAAUGGAACAGUGUGUAAGUCCAAAUUGGUCAUUUUGGACAACACCAUUUAUCUCUUCUUUCCGGAAGGUAGUGCUCAGAUUGGCCUUCCUGUGCCCAAGUACUUAUCUGCAAUGAGUUCAGUGGGAAUGCCAAGUGGUGCUGUAGCACCCAUGACAGGCACAGUUGAAAAGGUGUUUGUGAAAGCAGGGGAUAAGGUUCAGACUGGAGACCCUCUAAUGGUUAUGAUAGCUAUGAAAAUGGAG